AUGAGUGCCACUGAAUCGAAGUGUGCACUUCUGGGUAAUUGCCGUGGUUCAGCUGAUUCCUACACCAGCCGUCCAUCAGACUCCGACAUCUCUCUAGAGGAGGACAGGGAGGCUCUACGCAAAGAAGCUGAGCGACAGGCUUUGGCACAACUUGAGAAGGCAAAGACCAAGCCUGUUGCAUUUGCUGUUCGAACAAAUGUUGGCUACAAUCCCACCCAGAACGAUGAGGUCCCUGUGCAAGGCAUGGCCAUUUCCUUCGAGUCCAAAGAUUUUCUACACAUCAAAGAAAAAUAUAACAAUGACUGGUGGAUAGGGCGACUGGUGAAAGAAGGAUGCGAGGUUGGAUUCAUUCCAAGCCCCGUAAAGUUGGAGAAUAUUAGACUACAACAGGAGCAAAAGAUGAGGCAAGGUAAAUUUUAUUUUAGUAAGUCUGGUGGAAACUCCAGUUCCAGCUUAGGAGACGUCACAGGAACCAGGAGACCCACACCUCCUGCAACCGCUUUUGAUGUAGAUGCCAUUGACUUAGAUGCAGAAGAGAGCGAUUCCCAAACGAACCAUCGGUCCCCUAAAACAAGCGUUAGCAGUGUAACGACUCCCCCGUCCAACGCAAAACGAAUCCCAUUUUUUAAGAAGCAAGAGAAUGUGCCUCCCUAUGAUGUCGUGCCAUCCAUGAGACCAAUCAUUCUAGUGGGUCCGUCUCUGAAAGGUUAUGAGGUGACAGAUAUGAUGCAGAAAGCUCUGUUUGACUUUUUGAAACAUAAAUUUGAUGGAAGAAUAUCAAUCACACGAGUUACUGCUGACAUCUCGCUUGCCAAGCGCUCAGUGCUGAACAACCCCAGUAAACACACAAUUAUUGAGCGCUCCAGCACUCGCUCCAGCCUGGCUGAAGUACAGAGUGAGAUUGAACGUAUUUUUGAACUGGCCAGGACACUACAGUUGGUGGCUCUUGAUGCAGAUACCAUAAACCAUCCUGCCCAACUUGCCAAAACCUCUCUGGCCCCAAUUAUAGUCUACAUAAAGAUUGCUUCACCCAAGGUAUUACAGCGGCUGAUAAAGUCACGAGGGAAGUCCCAAGCGAAACACCUGAAUGUACAGAUGGUUGCAUCAGACAAGCUGGCCCAAUGUCCUCCGGAACUGUUUGAUAUAAUUCUGGACGAAAAUCAAUUGGAAGAUGCUUGUGAGCAUCUAGCCGAAUACCUUGAAGCCUAUUGGAAGGCCACCCACCCAGCCAGCUGCAAUCCCCCCAACCCUCUUUUGAACCGCACCAUGGCAACAGCGGCCCUAGCUGCCAGCCCAGCGCCAGUGUCCAAUUUACAGGGUCCCUACUUAGUGCAUGGAGAGCAAACCAAUGACUGUUCGGCACCCGAUCGGACAGGCUUGCAUGACUAUCGGAAUGAUUCUGCCAAACAGUCCUACCAUCGCUUGCCAUCCUCCACGCCUCAGUACAGCCAUCACCCGAGGGCCAUGUCCCGGGGUCUCUCCCGCCAGGACACCUUUGACUUGGAGACGCAGGGCAGUCGGGACUCAGCCUACACCGAGCCGGGGGACUCCUGCAUGGAAAUGGACCCUUACGAGGAUCAGGAGCCCCCCGAGGAGCCACAUGGCACUGGCGGCCGCUGGUGCAGCAUCACACGGCAGCAGGUCCAGCGGCAGGAGUCCUGGGAGGAGGAGGAGGAGGAGGAGGAGCAGGAGCAGGACAACCACAACAGACAGCAGAGGAGCCGGCUGAAAGCCAGAGAACGCUACCGACAAAACAGCGACGAGGUCUUAUCCAGGAAACAGAGCGACAUCGAGGAGUGGAACCGCGAUGUGUACAUUUGCUAAAGUGAAGCUUACAUUUCUGCUCGGGAUUGUCUCCUUCUCUUUGGAGAAUUUUGUUAUCUUGUGCUGCCCGCCAGUUCUGUUUC